GGCCGGCGGAGUCGCGCGGCACCCGUAAUUACAGCGCUUGAUCGUUUUCAUCGUGCGUACCGCGGUCGUUAACAGAGCCCCAUUGUCUUGAAUUGAUUCUGUAUCAGUCGGUGCGUUUUCAAGCUGGAGUGAAGUCUAUAUAUGAACUAAACUCGCCAUUUUUAUUUUCAAAACUAACUCGAGUAAGAUCUGACAGGAGAAAUAAACCAUAAAGGGACUUUUACCCGCACGGAUGUGACAGGCCUAAAAAGCACUGAUCAUCGCGGUACAACUCGGAUGAUACCCAGCUGAGUUUUUCAAGUCGUUUUUACAUAUCUGUGACUUUAAUCUACCAGCUUGGAGGCGCUGGGGACUCCACGCCUCGGUUAACGUUCAUCCUCACCGAGUACCUUCUCGUGCGAGACCGGGGCAACAAGACGAAACGAGUGCUCGGGAUGACCGCCAUGGCGUCUCGUGCCCGUCGUGACAAGGAGCGGCCCGGGGAGAUUUUGGGGAUAUGCGUGGUGUUUAUAAUUGUUUUGUUGUGUUUUCACACGUCAGAGGCGGUGAUAGAAGACUCCUGCAGCCGCCAUUGUGCCACCAACGUCGUAGGACUGCUGUGCGGUGACGUGGACGAGUGCACUCAGUAUUUCGAGUGCGUCUUUAACCGCUGGAUCAAGAGAAGCUGUCCGGCCGGCACGGCGUUCAACUCCCUCCGCUCAACGUGCUCCGUGAGCUCCUUACGCCAAUGUCUUGAUGAAAAGAAAGCUGCGGCUGCCGCGACAACAGUUGCCACACCGACAUCGACGUCAACGCUAAAGCCAACUCCAGAACCCACAACGACGACGACAAAAACAACAACAACACCUGCACUUACAACUGUGGCGCCUUCAACAACAACGACAACAACAGCAGUUACAACGACGAAAAAACCAACAACCGAAACUAUAAGAACUACAACCAAACCAGGUGUAGUAUUUUUUGACCAAUUUAAGACGUCCACUACAUUGGGCCCUUUGAACUAUACCUCGACGACUCCAGUGACCGUAAAACCGCCGUCGAAACCUCAUCGGAAGCCCGUUUACUACCCGCAGUACCCAAAACCUCGAUACCCUUUGUACUACGACCAAUUCAAGAACUAUCUUCCCCCAAACUCAACCGUUUUAGGUACAAAAACAACAAGUAGGGGGAUAUUUACAACUGGGUCUGCCAAGAAAACGACCCAAAAAUCAAACGCCAUGGCAACCACACCUGCUACCAUACCAACGUCAGUUUACACGAUGGGUGCCGGAAGUGCCGGUCACCAUGACGACUUGGACCCCUACCACCAGAGACACGUGAUUGAGAUCUUGGUCGCCGUUCUUAGUGGUCUGGGGUUCCUGCUGAUCUGCUGCACGGUCGCCAUCUGUGCCUGGUGCAUCUGCAGAAAACGGAGCGUGAGAAAACCCAGAUCUUCUUUUAAGAGGAUGCAGAUCGAGAUGUAUAACAUGAAAAGACGUCACCCUGUAUCUGACAACGGCCAUUACAGUCCUAGCAACAUGGGCCUCUACCAAGAGAUUGACGAGGCGAGAAUGCAUAACGAGGCAUUGAGAAUGGCGGACAUCAGCACAAUCAGUAACGGCACCAUCGCCGCUCGGCAAUCUCCAAGAAUGAGACCACCACCGGGAAUGGCUCGAAGAGUCAACAUCAACGCACGCGCGGGCACCAUCAGCGGGUGGACGAUGCAACAGCGGCCCGUCCUCAGACCAGGGUGGAACUCAAACCACAGAAGAGCGGGCACGGUCACCGGGGCCAACUUAUUAAAAAGGGUGGACUAUCCAAGCCCAGCGUCGAGCCGGACUCGUAGGAAUAAAGGUACCGUUGGUCGACGAACUGGUCCGUUGCCGCCGAUUCCAGUGACCGUGCAGCAUGAAGACACGGAUGACGAUCGCGACAGUGGUAUUAACUGCCGCACAGUUAGCAGCACGACGAGGAUGAUGCCCUCGGCGGAGCAAGACCAUCACGUGCCACUCCCUACAGUGAGGAAGAACAACAGUCCACGCGGAAGAAGAGCUGAGGACAGAGAGGCAAAACGACGUUCCCUGACAAUGCCAGCCAUUUCUUCGAAACCACACCAAAGGCCAAGUCUGAACGACCAAGUGUACAGUUACGCUCACACAGGGGGCGCUACCAACAAUGACCCCAACUUUGACUACUCGGAGGUGUCGCCAUAUUCUCUUGGAAGUAGCGAUGAACCAAUCUACGACGACUGGCCAAACUCCGACGACGAAGGUGAAACUUCCUAUGAGACCACAGAGGACGCCACUGACUCCGGCGACAGUCCAAAUAAUUCAGUCCCAAAUCCAGAGAGUACCAGCUCCACUCCUAUCAGCAGCGUGCAUUAUGCAUACAGGGUGCUCGAAGAACCGCCUGCUUUUAAGGAAGGAGGAAGAAAGUCGCAUUACGCCUGCACAGAAUUGAACUCCAUGGAACCGGAUGGGGCAACCCGCUGUGAGUCACGUGGCAGUAGUAAUGACAGUAGAAACGGAGUACCCUUCGGACAUUACAAAUUCUCUCUGUUGAACGCAGAGGAUAAAUCCAUAACUUCUUCGACAGAAAUGUUAGUUCCUGUUAAAGACAUAAAAAUGCGUCCAAUAAUGAAUGGAGCCAAAAGGCUGGCUAAACCAUCUAAGACUGGGCCACACACUGUUAGAUCUCGGGCCCCUCCAGGCAACGAGAAGUUAAAGACCGAGCCCAUGAGCGUGAGAACACCGAAAGGUAGCAAUCCACUUAUGCCCGGGCAAAACCGAAUCAGAUCGCGUUUGCCUGCCGAGAGCGGUGCUCUAUUUAAGCCCGAUCAACACAGCAUAAAAUCGCACUCAUCUAGCAAAAGAGGGGCUUCAUAUCCCCAGGAACAAAGUAGUAUGAAAUCUCGCUCCUCUGGAGAGAGUGGCGUAACUUACAGGACUGGCAAAAACAGUGUAAAGUCGCGCUCUUCAAACGAAAGUGGCAAUACAUUUAAAGCCGGGAAAAAUAGCUUACGAUCACCAUCCCAAAUGGCUGGCCAUCCGCGAAAUGAAAACUUACUUAACCCUGCUCAAUUAGACAUUAACAGAGUCUCAAGUGACUCGAACACGUUAAGUGCCAAUAUGAUGUUCAACGAAGAGGACCCGUAUCACGAAGCUAAUAUCGGGGCCUCCAAGGUGGUCAGGGACGGCCAGUUCGAGGACCAGUUUUGUGAAAUGUCCUUUGAUUCCUCGCCGUUUGGGACACCGAGGAACAGCGGUCUGGUGGAGACGCCAUUUAGUGACCAGGAACUUGUCGUUCUGAGCCAUAAUGGAUUUAUGAAUAUUUCAUAGUCUUUUGAACAUCUUUUUUCGGUGAAUACUGAAUUUAAUUCCCUUGUUUAAAUAUUGCAAUAUCCUAUGCGGGUUCGAUUUUUCUUUUCUUUUAUACCUAUCUGUAUACUUUUAAAACAUGCCUAUCUGUAUACUUUUAAAACAUAUAUUUGUUUUAGAGACACCUCACCGCCUUUCUUUAUGAUUAUUUUUGUAUUUCAUACUUUCUAAAUAACGUAUACAUUAAAAGAAAAGAGAGAUUGCACACAGGGAGACAGUUGUUUUAUGAACAACGUUAUAGUUGUGAAAAUGAAAUAAAUAUAAAGUGCAUUGAAUUUGCACCAUUUUUU